AGACACUGUUCUGCUAUCUCUGUCUGAGAGUUCCACAUCAUGCCGUUCUCAAGAAUGGCCAGCAAAUUUUAAAAUACCAACUUUCUCAUUCGAUACAGAGCUCUUACUUUCAGAAGGAAACAAAGCCUACCAAAAGGGUGGCACCCUCUUGAGCUAUCUAAGAGUAACGAGAAGUGUCCUUGAGACACUAGCAGAGACAAUAUUUUGUUACACUGCAUAUCCAACAGGGGUCCAGAUUAUGAACGUAGUAGAGAUGUUGAUUGAAAAGUACCCAUGCCUCAAAGAGCCAGGGUCCUUUAAUGGACAGUAUGGAUGGCAACAGAGGAUUAAAUAUAAGAUGGGCAAUUAUCGAGCAAAAUUAAGAGACAGUCAGCUUUCCUGUCCAGAGCUGGAGGUCAACUCUUUGAAAAGAAAGAAGACAAUUGAAACGUCUUGCCUCAAAGGCAUGAAAAUACCCAGGAAGGCUGAAGUAAACUACUUGCCGCCAUUUCCAUUUGGGGAAACCGAGAAAACUUUAGAGAAGGAAAGAGUUGAUCUUCUUAAAGAAAUUCAGAAGAAAAACAACAAAAUGGUAAUUGGUGAGAUAAUGGAGAAGAUUUUCUCCUUUCAAAGAUUAGAAAUCAUUAAUCACUGUCCUGCUGUCAAAGAUUUCAUGGAGAGAUGGCCAGCUCUUUUUUGUGAAUCUGAGAUCAAGAAUGAGUUCAGAAGGAUAACCAAAAUUCAACUGGAGCCAACCUUUCUGCAAAAACUGGACCUCUACUCUCCAAAACUCCUGGAUUUCUUUAAAAUGAACGGUGGGGAUGCAGGCCUAAACCUUAGAAGUGUGCUUGAUUCACGCUGCCAGCAAGUUGAAGAUAAGCGAGAUGCUGUGAUUCGCUGCCGGCUUUCCUACCUGGGAGAAUCAUCUCAGGAGCUCAUUGAAGCCUACCAGGUACCUUAA